UCGUUCGUUCGUUCAGCCGUCGUCACGGUCAGCACAGCACGAGCACACAGUCGAAUCGAAACGCCAUAAGCUGCUGCUGUAAUGUGUUUUGUCAGAACUUUUUAUUUUUCUCCGGUUUUCUACUAAUUAAUUUAUUUCCUUCGGUAUUUUGAAUGCACCUUAGUUUUGUGCGAAGUAAAAAUGUGAACGAACUUCUCUGCUGAACGUAUUUUUGUUACAUUUAAUCGGGUGGUGAAAUUGGUGCUCCAUUGUUUUGUGUUUCUUCCUUUUUUAAUUUGUGAAUUAUUGGCCAAAAAGUUGCGUAAAAAGAAUCAAUUCUAGAUCAAUUCAGUGUUCAGAAGAAUGUGGAAGUGCCACAAGUGCGGAAAGCCCGUGUUUUUCGCUGAGCGAAAACAAUCCUUGGGCUACGACUGGCACCCGGAAUGUCUGCGCUGCGAGGAGUGUGGAAAGCGACUUAACCCAGGACAACAUGCCGAACACAAAGGUGUUCCCUACUGCCACGUGCCUUGUUACGGUGCCCUUUUCGGGCCGCAGCUGUUUGGCCACGGGACACGUGUCGAAUCGCACAAAAGUUACGGGCAACCAGAACUAAAAAAACAAGCCAUUGGACGGUCUCCGACAGCCGGCGGAGCCGGUCCAGUGAUUCCACGUGCCCAUCUGGAGGCCAAACUGAAGCUGUUUAAUCAGUUUCCGAGCAACAAGAGUCAGGAAAUUCGCAGUCGUGAAGUUAACGGCCGGCUAGUGCUGGAAGGAGCACUGAGGAUUUACUGGGGCGUACAAGGAAUUAUCCAUCUCAAGGAAGAUGAUGAUCAGCGAACGGUGGUGACUGUUAGGAAACGUAACUCUUACCGGUACAGUAAUCCCAGCUCGAUGGUUUCGGCAAUGCGCGAUCUCGAGGGCAAGGAGAAUCUCAACCCGGAUCAUCGGAGUGAUCCGAUGAGUUCCAGCUUGACGGAGGGUGGAGAUGGUAACGAUACAACGACGAUUUCCGAAAGCCUAUCGUACGAUACUCUAAGCAUUUCAUCAGAUUUAAACUCGAUCGGAUCCUCAAAACCCAAUUCGGCAGAAAAUUCGAAAGAAGUGUCCCCCAGUCACGUUCAAAAUGGAAACAAAUUCGUGACCCUCCCUCCAAAAUUAGACGUCAAGCAGCUCGAAUGGGAUGAAAUCGAUGAACUGCUUCAGGUAGAGCGUAAAACCGACGAAACGGAACGACUGUAUCGCACCAUGCCCUCACCACUGCCAUCAUCCAUUGCGACCGAUGGCGAAGGGGAUAACUCCCUUCGAAGUGAGCCUUCCGACAGUGUCACUGAUACGGACUACAAAACCCUAACUCCUCAGCCGAACACCGAAUCCGGAUCGUCCUCGUCGGCAUCCGCUGUAACGACGGACACCAACACAACCACGACCGCUACCAAUGGAGACGAGGAGUUCAGGACGCCACAGGGAACACUGCGGUCACAUGAUUUCGAAGCAUUCAAAAUGCAAAUGAGCCAAGAAUUUAUCAGCGGAGCGGCAAAUCUAGGUAACACGGACGGAACGUUGAAAUUGAACCAACCCAUCGAUCCGGCUCGAAUAAAUGACUCCCUUAAGCUGUACAACGAGUCGGUGAUGAAUCGGAGCCUAUCGGACGAACAGUGUCGGAAUGUGUUUUCACUUCCCCAGGGUAAUAUUACAGAUUCUUUUCACGUCGUCGAUGACGACACGCUCAAGCCUUUAGCGGGAAAGCUCUCCAACGGAGGAACGAAUACGAAUGGACGGCUAGCGAGAAUUGCUUACCAACGACAUCAGUCGGAUUCCGGCUCGGUAACGUCACCUGGAACCGAUACGGACAGUUGGACCGGCGAUCGGGGACUGUUGCGGUCUAAAUCUCAUGGCAAUAAUUACUCGGGAAAUAGUUUUAUGGACAGCGAUGACGAAGCGACGGAAACGCUGAAACCAUCUAACCGACCGCAGACUUCGAUUCGUAUUAAGAUGGAUUGUUACGAUGAAUUGGGGAAGGAUGGAAAACCAUUUGAAAACGGGGAAACGGUUGUUGUAAGUCCAACGGAUGAAAGCAGCUUGACGACGGUUAGUAUGUCAACGGCGACGACGGUGACGACUACGGAGGAUGGGGUCGUGCUUAGGAAGCCACCGAAGACGGGUUCGACGGCGAUUAAGCGGCGCUCAGGGAAUCGUCGGUCGCGUACGAAGCUGAAGCGGCGAUGUUCUAUCAAUGGGCAUUUCUAUAAUCGCGAGACGUCUUUUUUCACGCCACCCCACGGCUCUCAGAUGAAUGUUUGGGUGACGUCGAUGGUGAAUACUCAGGAGGUUAUCACUCUCUUAUUGGAGAAGUACAAGGUCGAGAGCAGAGCGGAAAACUUUGCCCUGUUUGUUGUGAAGGACAAUGGCGAACAGAAAAAGUUGAAAGAGGACGACUAUCCGCUGGUGGCGCGCGUGAUUCUCGGACCACAUGAGGAUAUUGCCAAGCUUUUCCUCAUGGAUGGACAACAAACGCCGGAAAUUAGUAGUGAAGUGGCCCAGUUUCUGAACCUCUCUAUCCAUGAGUGCCGGGCAAUUCUCGAACGCUUUCACGAGGAAGAACAGCGGGAACUGUUCCGGAUAAGAACGAAAUAUGCGGACCUCAAGCGCAGAAUCAUUCAACGGAUGGAAUCGCUGAAAGUGAGGCUGUAAGAAACUCAUUGCAGAGAAAAAAAAACUAGAAUUCUAGAAGAAUUAAACCCAACAGACGAAGGGUCGGAGACAAUUUUCUGGUGUAAAGCAGAAAUCGAACGUGAAAAAAUCUAAUCAUAUAAUUUAUUUAGUA